AUGUGUUGCACAUUAACCUCGCUGCUGAAGUGCCUCAUUGCAAUAAUAAAUCUCGCCGUUGGGGUGGCAUUUCUGGGUCUGGGGAUCGUUGGGAUCCUACUCAAAACCCAGAAAACUUUUGUCGAAACGAUCAUCAAGAACUGGCUGGAUCGAAUGCACGAUGAAGCCACAAAGGAACAAAUAGAGGCCUUUUCAAAGUUCAUCCUAGAAAAUUCAACUGGCAUCUCUAUUUUAUUCAUCCUGAUCGGGUUUGUCGUCGCCUGUCUAUGCUUCGUCGGGUUCAUUGCAUCAUGCUGCGUAUGCACCGUUCUUCUGAAAAUUUAUGCCGUGGUCUUGGCUGUGCUACUAGUUGCUCAAAUUGUCGCCGUAGCAGUCAUCUUCUCAAAUCCAGCAAAGUACAAAAAUUACAUUUUGAAUGUAAUGAAAGAUCUACUGAAGAAGUAUAAUUCCAAAGCGGGUGGUGAUGGUUAUGCCGUGGAGCUUUGGGAUUAUAUCAUGGAAUCAAGAAACAAAACAUGCUGCGGCGUGACCGGAGCUAGUGACUUUCAGGAAUCGCCAAUGAAUCCCGACUGUCCUGCGGUCUGUUGCCGACCCGCUACUACUACUACUACGUGCACAAUAACGCAAGCAACUGCUCUCACACCACCUGUUCCAGGGUGCAGUGACAAAAUCUCGUCGUUUGCUGAAGACAAUAUGAGGGUUGUCCUGAUUAUUCUGCUCGUUGGAAUAUCAGUCCAGGCCGUUCUCCUGACCUUCGUCGUUGCCGCAAUAUUUUGCAAAAGCGCUUCCCCCAUAUAA